AACAAAAAUGGCGGCCCGCAGACUGUGGAGAAAGCUUUUAAAAGUUCCUUGCAAAAAUCAAGCUAAUUUUGUUAGAGCAGUGAGAUAUCAGUCAUGUAGAACUGUCUCUGUUGAUGCAACAGCUGUUGAUAGUGAUGCUGUUGAUGAACCACUAUUGAGCAAUGAGGGGUUCAAGUUAUAUCCAAACCACAUACCUACUACUGCUUUACAAAAGGGUCUUCUUGCUGUUGGGUCGGCAUUUAUGGGAUUGUAUGACCCUACACGACAAGACAUGAUAGCAGCCUUAGGUGAAACCACAGGGUACCCAGCACUGCAAAAGAUGCAUUCACGAAUGAUCAAUGACCCAGUUGGCCAAGAGAUACUCAGGCUCAAGCCAAGAAUAACAGGUACAACUGCUCCAUUAAAGGAGCUUAGAAAACUACCUGAUGGUACAUUGGGCAGAGAAUAUGCAAGAUUCAUGGAAAACAAUAAAAUUUCUGCAGACACAAGAACUCCAGUCAAAUUUGUUGAUGAUAAAGAAUUAGCUUACGUGAUACAAAGAUACAGAGAURUACAUGAUUUUGUACACACACUAAGUGGCAUCCCGACUGUAAGUGUUGCAGGAGAGAUAGCUGUCAAGUGGUUUGAGAUGGUUCAUUUUGGACUGCCAAUGUGUGCUUUAGCAUCAUUCUUUGGACCAUUAAACACAAAUGUCACAUUCAAACAGAAGCAAGACCUUCUAUGGCACUACAUACCAUGGGCAGUGAACUCCGCAUUAAAUGCAAACUUUGUUCUAAAUGUGUUUUUUGAAAGACGGUUUGAGGAUCCUCUUGAUGAAAUACGACAGGAACUUAAUCUUAUAACAGCUCCUAAAUURGAUGGAUGAGUAGUCUUUUGAAAAUCCAUGCUUUCAUUUUAAAUGCAAUAAAAAGUACAUUCCUCAAUGAUAGUAAAUUGCAUGCCAUUAUAUCCAUAAAACAAAAUGUGUAGRACCCUUUAGUUUUUCACUAUUUAGUUAUCAGUUCAGACAGAUUUAUUGCUAUAGGGCAAUAGUAACCUGGUAUAUGGAAUGUACAUGGCAUGCAGUCUAUGCUUGUAAUUUUAAAUUGUAUAAUUGAAAGCUCUUGAAAUAACCUAGAUAAUUGUGAAAUGGAUUUUGGAAAGUAUAUUUUUGCUGUAAAUAGAAGAAACAGGUAUGAUCUAUGUCAAGUAGUUCUUGUAUUUUUCAGGUCAGACUCCUUGCCCGUGUGAAAACAGCUUCAUCUGAAGGACAAAACAAGAGAUUUUAGCUUUUUUGGAACUAGAACCAUUGUUUUGACAACCAAAUGCAGCUGCAUUCACAUGGAUGACCUCUGGCAUUUGUGCACAGAAAGUCUUUGAGAUGUGCAUUUCAGAUCCUAAAAUGUCUGUCAAUACUCCAGAAAUCUCUUUUGUGCAAAUUUAGCUUCAAUCAAGCAUACAUUUUUAUUGUCUUCUUUGUACACAGGGUGUUUGCAUAACAAUAGAUUCUCUGCUGAAUAAAAGAAUACAUUUCUUGCUUUCAAGGUUAAGGCUGCACAAAGAAGAUCUCAAAAACUGGAGUAUUACCCUUAUACAUGGGGAGUCCUCUGGGGCUUACUACCAAAAAUAAGAACAUUUGACAAUAAAAUAAUUACGAUCAUGACGAUUCAUUUUUUGUUGAAUCUAAUAAUUAUGGGUGAAAACAAAUAUUUCAUAAAACACARCAAUCAUC